CGAAUCUGCGUCCAAAUCCCACAUUUGUGCGUUUUAGGUCGAGCGCGUGUCGGCGUACCAAGCCAUCUCGCGCACAGAUGAAUAAUGAUCACCUGCGUGAUGUUAUGUGACAGUUUAGCUCGUGCGUCACCCGAAGAAAACCUUUAAUGGUGGGUUGCUGCAGCAGACAAACAGUCGCCCGCUCUUACAUUAAACUCUCCCUCUCUGGACCGUGUUACGCACUCCAACACGGGCUCCUUCUCUUCCAAGAUCCUCCUAAACAGACCGAACCCAGACGGGAAUGCCGUUCUUGCUUGUUAUUCCCUCUCCAUCUGCACCAGGACAAGUUAAGUAUAGUUGCAACUCGUCAACGCGUGCCUGCACUUAGAAAACAUGCUGCGCUGAGUGAGAAGAGGAGUUCAAUGGGGCUUGACCAAAAAUCAGACAAAAAAAAAAACAACACUUUUUUUCAUGGUAAAUUUUGCGCACUUUUAAUUUCAGUCAGGUCCUUUGCAUGCUUUCUUUUCUUAAGGCAGCCCCCACCUGUCUUAAUAGCAUCCAGAUCGCUGUAUAAGUGGUAGACUACUAGAUUCCCAUCGCAGUGACGCCUGUUUAUCGGAUUUCUUUGCCUCAGAGCUGUAAAUCAGCAGAGAUGGACAAGCACAAUGCGCCAGACCUGACGGGAUAAAACAUCUCUGCUGGACACUGUCAAAAUAACUGAGCCACCUUCAGAUUCAAGAACCAAUUGAAUCAAAUGUAUUUAUCUUUUUAUUUGCCUCCCGUCAUCCUGAGGUAAACUUUUUCUCUCCCCGGCUCUGCUGCGGUUCCCUUCCCUUCUCUGGGUGACAUCUCAGCGGGAUUUCCAUGAAGCGACGCCUCGGGUGACUAGACUUAGUUGGGGAUUUUGCUCCGCUUCCAGAGGCACAUCAUGUGGACUCCCACGGAGGACGAGAAAAUCGGUGUUGUCAUCUGUAACUUCCGAGGCUCAGUGACUCAGGGUUUGGCUCUGGAGGUGGGGGAGACAGUGCAGAUCUUGGAAACAUGUGAAGGAUGGUUCAGAGGAUUCUCAACAAGGAAGCCUAAUGUCAAGGGAGUUUUUCCUGCCAGCUACAUUCACUUGAAGAAAGCCAUUGUUACCAACAGAGGGCCUCAUGAGACUGUGGUGCCUCUGGAAGACCCAAUUGUUACAGAGGUGACAUCAACUCUUCAGGAAUGGGCUUCACUAUGGAAGCAACUCUAUGUGAAACACAAGGUGGAUCUGUUCUACAAGGUCCGUCAUGUUAUGAUGGAGCUGAUCGACCUGAGGAGGCAGCUGCUGUCCGGUCACCUCACACAGGACCAGAGCAGAGACGUUAAGAGACACAUCACCGUCAGACUCGACUGGGGCAACGAACACCUGGGUCUGGACUUGGUGCCAAGGAAGGAGUUUGAGAUGGUUGAUGAGGACCAGAUAAGUGUGUCAGACUUGUAUAAAAUGCAUCUGUCCAGCAGACACAGCCUCCAGCAGAGCAUCACACAGGGUGAGAAUAGUCGGCAGAGACAUGGAGAACCUUGCAGGGUUCCUUUACCACACCACCUACUGGUCAACCUAAAGAGCUUCACCUACAACAGCAUCGGGGAGGACACAGAUAUAUUUUUCGCUCUGUAUGAUCUGAGGGAGGGGAAGACUAUCAGCGAGAAGUUUAUGGUGAGACUAAACAAGAAUGGAGGACCGAAGAAUCCGGAGAAGGUGGACCGGCUUUGUGCACUUUUCACGGACCUGAGCAACAAAGACAUGAAGAGAGAUCUCUACAUCGUCUCACAAGUUAUUCGAACAGGUCGCAUGCUGCUGAACGACAGUAAGAAAGGUCCGGCACAUGUUCAGUACCGCAGACCGUACGGCUGCGCUGUUCUGGCCAUGAGCGAUGUGUUGCAGAUCAUCUCAGAGCUCAAAGAGGAGAAAGACUUUGUGCUUAAAGUCUACACGUGUAACAAUGAGAACGAAUGGUACCAGAUCCAUGAAAACAUUAUCCGCAAGUCGAGCACCAAAUACACAACACCCAGCACCAACUACGGACUGAUCAUCUCCCUGCAGCUGCUCAGAGGUGACAUGGACCAGGUCCGCAGAGAAAACCCUCUCAUUUUCAGCAGAGGGGUAGCCAUCACUCGGAAACUGGGAUUCCCAGAUGUCAUCAUGCCAGGCGACAUCCGUAAUGACCUGUACCUUACUCUGGAACGAGGGGACUUUGAAAGAGGAGGAAAGAGUGUUCAGAAAAACAUCGAAGUGACUAUGUAUGUCAUCUACGCAGACGGAGAAAUACUGAAGGAGUGUAUCAGUCUGGGAUCAGGUGAGCCCAACAUCCCUGAGUAUCGCUCCUUCGUCCUCUACCACAACAACAGCCCUCGCUGGAGUGAAGUGAUUAAGCUGCCGAUUCCCAUCGAUCGUUUCAGAGGCUCCCACCUGCGCUUUGAGUUCAGACAUUGCUCAACAAAGGAUAAAGGAGAGAAAAAGCUUUAUGGCUUUGCCUUUACUCCUCUGAUGAGGGAGGAUGGAACUACUUUAUCUGAUGAGAGUCAUGAGCUCUAUGUCUACAAGUGCGAUGAGAAUACAACCUUCAGUAACCAUGCCCUCUACCUGGGCCUUCCCUGCUGUAAGGACGACUUUAACAGCUGUCCCAACAUCCCAUCCAGCCUCAUCUUCCAGCGAAGCAUCAAGGAGACGUUCUGGAUCUCCACGCAGCUCUCUUCAACCAAGCUGACUCAGAACGUGGACCUCCUGGCCCUCCUUAAGUGGAAAGCACAUCCUGACCGGGUCAUGGACAUCCUUGGGCGUCUCCGACACGUCAGUGGUGAAGAAAUAGUCAAGUUUCUCCAAGAUAUUCUGGACACAUUAUUUUCCAUCUUGGAUGAGAACACAGACAAAUAUGGGCCCCUUGUGUUCCAGUCGUUGGUUUUUAUCAUAAACUUGCUCAGGGACAGUAAAUACUACCACUUCAGGCCGGUGAUGGACACGUAUAUCCAGAAACACUUCGCUGGAGCUCUGGCCUACAAAGAGCUGAUUCGCUGUCUGAAGUGGUACAUGGAUCGUUCUGCUGAGGUGGUCAGACAGGAUCACAUUCAGGAAGCAAUGAGGGCUCUGGAGUAUCUGUUCAAGUUUAUCAUCCAGUCUCGGAUCCUUUACUCCCGGGCCACCUGCGGGAUGGAGGAGGAGCAGUUUCGAACCAGCAUCCAGGAACUCUUUCAGUCCAUUCGCUUCGUCCUCAGCCUGGACAGCCGCAACUCAGAGACCCUCAUAUUCACUCAGGGCUCCCAGCCUUGCCCUGGCCCCAAUCAGGCUCCAAGCCCCUGCAUUGGGCCUGCAGGACCAUUAGCAAUUGUCUCUGCACUGGGCCAAAUCCAAACCCCUUUCCAAGGACAGGUUCCUGGGAGCGCACCAUCUAGCUGCUCUCAGGCCUGGAGCUCCAACGCUCUGCGACCACCUACAUUGUCAGCUGCACUGUUAAGCUCAUUCCCUGCCAUCUUUGAUGAGCUGCUGCAGAUGUUCACGGUGCAGGAGGUGGCAGAGUUUGUGCGAGGCACUUUGGGCAGCAUGCCGUCUACGGUGCACAUAGGACAAUCAAUGGACGUGGUAAAGCUGCAGUCCAUAGCUCGAACUGUGGAUAGCAGACUCUUCUCUUUCCCUGAGUCUCGAAGGAUUCUGCUUCCCGUUGUCCUGCAUCACAUCCACCUUCAUCUGAGGCAACAGAAAGAACUUCUCAUCUGUUCAGGAAUACUGAGCUCCAUUUUCACCAUUAUCAAGAGCAGCUCACUGGACACGUCGGUGCAGGAAGAGGUGGAGAUGAUGGUGGAAUCUCUGUUGGACGUCCUCCUGCAGACACUUCUGUCCAUCAUGAGCAAGUGCCAAUCGCAGGAGGCGGUAAGGGGUCAACGCUGUCCGCAGUGCACCGCGGAGAUCACUGGGGAGUACGUCUCGUGUCUCCUCUCGCUUCUCCGCCAGAUGACUGACAUCCACUUUCAACACUUGAUGGAAAAUUUUCAAAGCAAGGACGAGCUCAAGGAGUUCUUGUUGAAGAUUUUGUGUGUGUUUAGAAAUCUGAUGAAGCUCAGUAUUUUUCCUCGCGACUGGAACAUCAUGAGGCUGCUCACCAGCAACAUCAUCCUGACCACAGCUCAGCAGCUCGCUCCUGCUCUGCACAAGAACUUUGCUGAAACAGACUUUGACUUCAAGGUGUGGAACUCCUACUUCAGUUUGGCCGUUCUCUACAUCAACCAGCCAAGUUUACAGCUGGAGAACUUGAGUCCCAUUAAGAGGAAGAAGAUCUUAGACAAGUAUGGCGACAUGAGAGUUAUGAUGACUUAUGAACUUUUCAGCAUGUGGCAGAACUUGGGAGAGAAUAAGAUCCAUUUCAUUCCCGGGAUGAUUGGACCGUUCCUCGGAGUAACGCUGGUCCCUCAGGUGGAGGUGAGAAACAUCAUGAUUCCGAUCUUCCAUGACAUGAUGGACUGGGAGCAGCGCAAAAACGGAAACUUCAAACAGGUGGAGGCUGAACUAAUUGACAAGUUGGACAGUUUGGUUUCGGAGGGAAAGGGUGAUGAGAACUACAGAGAGCUAUUCGGGUUGCUAACCCAGCUGUUUGGGCCCUAUCCCAGUCUGUUGGAGAAGAUUGAGCAGGAGACGUGGAGAGAAACAGGAAUCUCAUUUGUUACAUCGGUCACACGGUUGAUGGAGCGACUGCUGGAUUACAGGGACUGUAUGAAGGGAGAUGAGACAGAAAACAAGAAGAUUGGCUGCACAGUGAACCUUCUUAAUUUCUACAAGUCAGAAAUCAACAAAGAGGAGAUGUACAUCCGUUAUAUCCACAAACUGUGUGACAUGCAUCUGCAGGCUGAGAACUAUACGGAGGCUGCCUUCACCCUGCUGUUGUACUGGGAGCUACUGCACUGGGACGAGCGACCAGUUAAAGAGUUCCUGCAUUACCCUGCUCAGACUGAAUGGCACCGAAAGGAGGGCCUCUGCCGCAAAGUCAUCCACUAUUUCAACAAGGGAAAGUGUUGGGAAUUUGGUAUUCCUCUGUGCAGAGAACUGGCCUUCCAGUAUGAAUCUCUGUACGACUACCAGAGUCUCAGCUGGAUACGGAAAAUGGAAGCAGCAUAUUAUGACAAUAUCAUGGAGCAGCAGCGUCUGGAGCCGGAGUUCUUCAGGGUGGGAUUCUAUGGCAGGAAGUUUCCUUUCUUCCUCAGAAACAAAGAGUUUGUUUGCCGUGGCCAUGACUAUGAGAGGUUAGAAGCCUUCCAGCAAAGGAUGCUGGGAGAAUUCCCACAAGCCAUUGCAAUGCAGCACCCAAAUCAGCCAGAUGAGGCCAUUCUGCAGUGUGACGCACAAUACCUCCAGAUUUACGCUGUGACGCCAGUUCCAGAAAGCGUCACUGUCCUUCAGAUGGACAGAGUUCCAGACCGCAUCAAGAGCUUCUAUCGAGUAAACAACGUUCGGCGAUUUCGCUAUGACCGGCCGUUCCACAAAGGACCCAAAGACAGAGACAAUGAGUUUAAGAGUCUCUGGAUAGAAAGGACGACUCUGAUCCUCACCCACCCUCUGCCUGGAAUUUCACGCUGGUUUGAGGUGGAAAAGAGAGAACUGGUGGAGGUGAGUCCGUUGGAAAACGGCAUCUCUGUGGUGGAAAAUAAGAACCAGGAGCUGCGGACUCUGAUCAGUCAGUACCAACACAAGCAGCUGCACGGGAACAUCAAUCUGCUUAGCAUGACCCUGAAUGGAGUCAUCGACGCUGCCGUGAAUGGAGGCAUCGCCAGAUAUCAAGAGGCUUUCUUUGAUAAGGAGUACAUCACCAGCCACCCUGAAGACACAGAGAAGAUCGCACAGCUCAAAGACCUCAUGCAGGAGCAGGUUCACAUCUUAGGGGUGGGCUUGGCUGUGCAUGAGAAGUUGGUGCACCCAGAAAUGCGUCCCCUGCACAAGAAGCUGAUCGAUCAGUUCCAGAUGAUGAGGAGCAGCCUCUGCCAUGGCUUCUAUGUUGCUUUUCAGGGUCCACCUGGUUUUGAGAAGUCUGGUUCAGGAGUGAACAGAGGGAUCCUGGCCUCUCACAACCCAAUGAGCCCAGAGAGCUUCAAACUCAUGCACCGACACAGUCCCUCUCCCAGUCCCAUUGCCGUUUUGACUCCAGUGCGCAUUUCCUCCCCUUCUCUCUCCUCCAACUCCAGUGAGGUAGGAAAUCUGCUGAUCUUGGCCGAUGGCAUGGUGGUGGAGAAUCCUGAGGACUUCUAUCGCAUGCAGGCGAGUCCCUCCUCUUCCAGUCUUAGCUCCACCCACUCUGCCCCUCCUCAGAUGAUAAACUCCACCCCCUCCACAAUGAGAGUGGGCUCUCCUUCUCUGCCAGACAAGUACAGACACAACAGAGAGAUGCUGAUGCUGCUGCCGCCCCACAGAGAGAGGCCAAGCAGUGCAAUGUACUCCAACAUCACAGAGAAUGGACAGCCACCGAACUUUCAGAGAGCCUUGUUUCAUCAGGUGAUCGGUCCCUGUAAACCCUGCAGUGACCCCAACCUUUCUGUGGCUGAGAAAGUCCUAACCACUCCCAGCAGUUGGAGUUUGGACAGUGGCACCAGGGAGGCCCUGCCUUUCCUCUCUUCCCAUGUUGGCAGCGUGAUGGCUCCACCGGUUCCACCUCGGAACGUGCCUCAUGGGCAACACCUGUCGAUGCACUUUGACGCUUUCCACCACCAGGUCAGCGACCUCCCUCCAGCUCUCCCUGUGCGCUCCUUAAGAAAGUCUCCCCUUCACCCUAUACCUGCCUCACCCACCAGUUCGCAGUCCGUCCUGGAUGGCAGUAACUCCACACUCUCAGGCAGCGCCAGCUCUGGGGUCUCCUCCCUCAGCGAGAGCAACUUCGGAGGCGCCACCUCCUCCUCAGACCCCCAUGCCAGCCGCACAGACACCCUGGACUCCGUCCCGAGCAGCCAGACCUGGACUACAGACCAGGAUGACUUGGACUCUCCUUACCAGCCCGUCAGGUACAGCAUGUCUGAACCAGACGUCCUGGAGGGAGUUAAAUCCCAGUCCUGCCGCAGCAACUCUGCCCCAGGAGGAGUCAACCCAGCCCAGGUGGGCUAUCAAAUCCAGUCUCAGGCUCCAGGUUUGGGCUGCACUGGAGCUCCACAGUCCCAACAACCGGAUGGGCUGCAGCAGCAACAACACCCAUUUUACCACCACCACUUUCACCCACACUACAUUCCCCACAAUCCACCUCUCUACCAUCUCCAUGAGCCCCCUCCUCUCCUGCCCCCUAAACCCUUCCUCAGAGAGGGCUGCAUCCCUGAGGAGGACCCCCUGAUAACGCAGUCCGGACCACCACGCCUUCCUGUACCUCGGCCAAUGCCACGCAAGAUCUCCCAGCCCAUAAUCGCAGCAACCAAGGAUGAACAAGCUAAGGUGGCGUGGGAGCAUGGCAUCAGUGAGGAGUGAGGUCAGCUGAUGGUUCAGAGAAACACAACAGAAACUUCUUGUUGAACAUAAGAAUGAGAGCCGGAACCAAACUGGAUCUGGAACAUUCCCCUCAGAGGUCCUACAGGAACCACUGAUGGUUCAACUAUUCUGUUUUCUCUGACUCUGUUCUGUGAAGGUCGGUGACAUGUCCUCGAUAUCUAAACAUUUUCUUUGCGUCUCACUGCAUUCCUGUAUAAACUGAUAUAGCUUUCAUUCUACAUCCAUCAGGAUAAAAUAAAGUGACAUUUCCAAACGAUCCCACUUCCUAAAACUGCACAGAUGUCAUGUUAUUGAUUUUGAUUUCAUUUACAAGAAUAAUCAACAUCUGUCCUACUGACGGGAAAUUCAAGUGUAAAAUUUGCACAGGAAUUCAGAUUUCUUUAUACCUCGCUCUGAUAAUGUUCAGUGAAUGGCACUAAGAGAGGAACAGAGCACCAUAAGAUUUAAGAGGAAUUGUACUUUCUAUAUAUUAAAAACAUGCACACUUAUCAAAUGAACAGUUUUGCUGAGACCAGAUGAAAAAUCUUAAUAUUUAAAAAUGCAAUGAUUAUGUUUUUAGAUGCUUAGAUCAACCAGCUAUACAGCAAACUGAAUAACUAAAUAUGACGAUGGAAGCCUUGAUGGAACUAAAAAGUAUUUUUUCCAGUUGUGUGUGUAAAAAUUGAACAGUAUAUAAAGUUAAAAGAAAUAUAAUUUAUAUUUAAAGUGUUCACUUUUGGUUGAAGUUGAAGUUGGUGUAGAAAUAUGCAAGAUGUUGUCUUUCUGAGUCUAAAGUAGCUGCUUGAUAAACGUGCACUUCUUUGAAAUGUGGAGUAAAGCCUCACAAACAAACACAAAGACUUGACAUUUAGGGUUGUAAAACCCAUUUUACGGAAAGCUGAGGAAGCAAUGGAUUUGUUUUGCUUUAGCUGAUGAUGGUUCUGCAGUUGAACCCGUAAAUAUGAGCAUAGUUUUACACACAAGAACAUUUAUAGAGAAUAUUAGCUACAAUAAAUACACACUUUGUCAUUUUUAUGAGAGUAACUGAAUCAAUUACUUUUUAAAUCAUUGUAAUGUUUGUAUGCAUGUUUGUUUCCUGGAAGUUGACACUCAAACAGAGACUGUGAUUGGUCCACACAGGUGAGUACCUGAACAGCCCUGCAGAAAUACUGGACACUGAAGCUUUUGUUUAGAAAAUGAAACCAUUAAAGUCAAGGUUUGUUUCUGCUGAUAAAUGAACGUGUUUUUUUGUUUGUAUUUCUGUUUGUUACCUUUUUCUUAAAGUCACAUAAGUGAUCUGAGUUGAAUCAAACCAGUUGAUCCUGCUUCUACUUUCACCCAGUACCACCAUCUGACUACUGUAAAUAGUUCAUUUUAACAGAGAUGUUCUGAACAAAUGUCCUGUAUUUUAGGUUUUGAGGUUUAAGUUACAGACUGUUGGAGAAAGAUCAGUUGACUGACAGAUGUUGGUGGCUCUACCAUCAGUUUUUAAAAUGUCCUGCUUCUGUUGCUGCUGUUUAUGCAGAUGUAAACUCUCCAGGAUCCACAUGUUGCGUUCACUGACUCAGACUUAGUUAAUUACAGUCAUAAUGACGCUAUCAGUUUCACCUGGGUGUGUUAUCGUUUUUCCACUUACUACAGAUCAUUUAGUUAAACAUCAGAUUUUAUCACAUGUAUGUUGGGUUAGCAUGAUGAAUCUGUCCUGUGAUGAGGUUCUAUCAUUAAAACUUCUGGAUGCAUAAUUAAUUUUAUUGGACCGAAAUUGCCUCUGAAAAAUCUCCUCAGUUUCAAUGUAGAAAAUAGACCUAAAUAAAGAUUUUAAACAUCAGUAAAACAUUUUUUUUUCUGCUUCUGAAAUCUCAAACUCUGAUCCCAGAAAUAAAAUUUGUCACCGUUGUUUUAUUGUUGGUGGAAGAGGUUUCAGAACUAAGGUUUUGUACUUUGAACGCAGAGAGUUUCUGUUUAUAUCUGCUACUCAGUCCACAUAGUUACUCAUGUACAACGUUAAUGUGUUUAAAGAUCUUAUGGCUGUUAAAUUAUAAAAGGCACAUUAAUAUUCACAGUUUCAUCUGUGCUGUUACCCGAUUGUGGAUGAGGUUCAGUUUGUAAACUACAUCCAACCAAGUGAAUUUGUUUGGUGUGAGAUGAUAUUUCAAGCUGCAGAAUAACUCAAUAUGAAAAGGAACAGCUGCAGUUUUAAAAAUGGCCAAAAUGUUUGACUGGAAUACAAUCUGUUUUUCAACCUUUCCAGCUUUUCUACUGAAAAUUCUGAUUGUAUUUAACAGUAUUGUGCAGUGUUUUCAAAUGUAUAAUAACUCACUUGAUUUAUUAACUUUAAAAACACUUUCAAAUAAUGUCUGCCUUGGGAUAAAGUGAUCAGCUUUCUCCAUUAAGUACACUCAUAGGCACUGGUGAAAGAGACCAACUGAACUGCCAUAAAACAUAUUUUACAUUUAAAAGAGCAGCUUUGGUGGAAACCGGUUACCUUCAAAGAGGAAUAUCCCUCCGUUGUUACUUUUAACACCUUUCUGUUUGCUUCUUCAAGGUGAGAGAUUCAGAUGCAGUGAAGAAGGGUUUUUUAGGAGCCCAAUGAUCCCUUCCUGCUGAGGUGCAGUAAAUAGUCAUGUUACCACCAGUGCAGAGCUAGCUCAAUGUCAGCAGCAGAGGAAUUCAUGGUCAAGACACUCUCAAGUCUGUAGAUGUUCAGUCAGAGUGGAUGAAUAAGCAGAAGCCAACAGAUAACGAGUAAUUUCUUGAAGUUGAUCCAGCAUGUCAAAGUGAAUUACAAUGAAAGGUCAACUUAAUAUUGACUCUGUACAAUAAUAUUAUAUUGCUAAUAUAAAUAUAUGUGCUUAUAUGCUAAUAAGACAAUUUAAUAUUCAUGAAAUGCUGUAUUUGUUCUUCAGGAUGUCAUACAUGUAAAAUAAAAUUAAGAUCAAUAUGUUCUGGCAACAAACGAGCAGUAAAAUUUGCUUUUAAUCAUUAUUUUACAGUUAACAUGCUUGGAAGCAUAAUGUGAUGUUUAACACAUUUAAAAAAAAGUAGAAAGAUAAAAUUAACUGUUUUGUAAAAAUUUAAGAAUUUCUCUAUUUGAUGCACAAAUAAAAAAAAGUAAACAUCACUGAUCACAUUUGUUUGCUAUUCUUCAUCAUUGGACUCAUAGGAAGUUUUCUUCUGCACAUAACAAAUAAAAGGAGAAACUAUAAUUAAAACAAACCUGCACACAUGUGGACUGUGAUUGUUUUCCUUGUACUUUCUGUUGUUUUUUAACUAAACAGCAACAUUCUUCUGUUGAUUUCAGGGCAGCUGCAGUUUUAUCUGGUCUCCACAACAAAUCCAAAUACUGAGUUACAGCGACAGUAAUCAUUUCUGUAAUAAUGCUCAUGAUUAUCUUCUGUAUAUAAAAGUAUUGACUGUAUUAGCAUGGUUAUAAACUGUAUGACAGUCGAUGUAAAUAGUUUUGUCCUACUAAUAAAACUGCUGUGUUGUGGAUUCAUGGUUAAUCACCAGGAUUAAACACUGUUUAGUUUAUUUAGAUGAUCCCAACAUGUCUUUUCUUAUGUUUGGAUAAAUACUUCUGACGUCAGGCUUUAUUUUAUUUUACAUUGAUUCUAUCAUCAUCAUACUGUUAAUAGCUCAAAAUAAAAAGAACACUUUCAUAAAAUGAAAAUGUAUUUGUAAAGGAAAACAAACUUAACAAUUUUUUUAUUAAGUUGAUUUAUUAAAAUAACUUAUUUGCUUAGUUACACUUAAAUGUACUAAUUUAAUGACGUAAGCCAGUUGUCUGAAGUUGUAGUUGGACAGCAGUGAUGUUUGGGGAGAAGCUGUUUGGCAGCAAAUCUGCAGUCUUAAGAACCUGAGCCUGUGAUGACCAAACAAGUGAGAAGAAAACCCAAGAAGAUGUUUUUAAGCAGUUCAUUUCAAUGAGUAAAGAGAACCUUCAAUUUCAUGAGGACUUCAGUACGUGUAGGAAAAGUGCUUUAGUCUGAUGUACAAUCUGACAUUAAGAAGCUGAUAAAUAAUCCUGAAUCCCAAAAUCAAAAAUGUUUAUAUUCUAAUUUCUUUGUCUCUAAAUGUGUUUUAUAUCCGCAUAAUUCUGUCUAGUCUCAGGUUAUAUAUUCAUGUCAAUAAAAAGAGGCCUGGAUCUGAUUUGAUAAACUUUAUAUUCAGAGCUUAAAGAAACUAAUUUGACUUGUUUUACAUAUUUUUGUUUCAAAUUAUAGCUCUGUUGUGUGAUGUGGAAAACAAAUGCUGCCUUAAAGUGAAUUUCUUUUAAUUAAUGACCAACAGUUUGACUGUGAACUUUCUUUGGGGUUUUGUAAAAACAACAAAAUGACAAAAUAAACUUACAAGAUGCAGCCCAAAUUCCCUCAUAUGGUUCCUACACAUGUUUCAUGUAUAAAAAAAAAACAACUGAAUUUGUUUUCAGCUUUAAUUUAGGUUUUGGGUGUUAAGUUAAAGCACAGAAUGUCAUUUAGGUAACUGUACUAAAUUAAUGGAUUAUUAUGAGUGACAGGACUGUUCUAAUGAGUUACUUUACAGAUUCCUCUUGUUUUGUUAGAAGUUAAAGUUAUAAGCAAUCUCAUGAUGUAUAAAGGUUUUCUCUUACACUGUUUAAAGCUAAAAACAUGACAGAAGACCCACCCCCCAGAUUUUACCCACAAUUCCUAGCUGGGCAGUCUGCACUAGUCUGAGCUUGUUUGGGAGCUACUUCCACCAUUAACUGUUUAUUUUUUCUUUAACAUAGAAAAAACUGCAGGAUUAGUGCUUUUAUAUUUUUAUUUAAUAAUUUUUUGUACAUCUGCUCCAUCUUCUCAAACCGUCAAUCGGUCCUGGCUGAUAGCAGCUAACACUGCUGCAGGUUUGUUCAGGUUUAAAGAGACGUAUUCCUUUCCACUCUCACCACAUGCUUGCUCGGCGCCAUCAGCUGGACCUCCUUAGAUAGAAAACGUUUAACCUAUUAGGAUAAUAAAAUGAAUUUGAUGGCAUUAUAUACUAACUAGGAUUGAACUGGAAUUGAUGUAACUGAAUGGGGAUCUGUCUAUAUGGUUGGAUUAAUUUGAUUAUAUUAUUUGUCUGAUAAAUUGAAUUUGUUUGUCUUUUGUUGUGAAUUAGCAAGAUAUGAACUAAAUUGUUAUCUUGGUACCAAACCUGUGACUCUAAAGAACAAACUUAAUCCAGUCUGUAAAAAAAAAAUGUAUGAUUUUUGUAAUUCUAACUGGCCUAAGGGCUGCAUGGUGGUGCAGUUGGUAGCAUAGCUGCCUUGCAGUAUGAAGGUCUUGGGUUUAAAUCCCAUCCUGGGUGUUUGCUAUUAUUUAAUUAUUCCGCCAUCCCUUUAAAAAAGGUUUGUUCAUGUCGGAACAAUGUAUUUGAGGUUUAUCCAGCAGCUUGUUAAUAUGAAGUACAUUUCUGUAAAAAUGCUUUCACUUAAAACCAAACUGGUGUCAAACAGAGAAAAAAACCAAACACAAUUCAGCUGCAGUUGUCAAGGCGACCAGCUGGUGGUUCGCUUCAUUCAGUAGUUGCUUUUCCUCCUAUUUGGCACGGCGAUCUGCAGGAAGGACAAUCUAAAAGUUUAAAUAAUCAACAGACAAAAACGGCUGCUUGAAAAAUGUUUAACAAUACAUAAAAAGUAAAACACAACUGCAAUAAUCAAUGUGCAGAAAAACGUUGGCAGACGACACCAUGUGAACUAAAUGCAUAUUACUAUUAUAUUCUGUACAAAACACCUUGUUUACUACUAGAGAGGUUAAUAAGUGGAAUAUAAUAUUAAGACUAUAUAAAUAAUGCUUCCAUUGACUACAAUCUGCAGCACAAAUAGUUUUUAAAGUUUGAAAUAUUUUAAACAAUCAUAUAAUUUUUUUUUUAAUGAGCAUAUUGAGUACAAGGACUUCCUGGAAUAAAGGAUCGAUUAUUUUGAUGUUGACACAAUGCAGCAGUGACAAACCAAUAUUUGUAAUUGUAAAUGUAAAAUUAUAUAAAAUUAUUUAAUUGUGUUGAAGUCACUGGUAGGACUGGUGAUGUUGUGGCUGCAUGUUAGUUUCAUCCAAGGAAUCUUAAUGUCGUCCUCACCAUGAAAAAGAAAGAAAUACCUUUAAAAAAAAAUAUUUAUUUUAACUGCAUUUCAAUGCUAAAUUUAGUCAAUAUUAGGUCAAUAUUAGUGAAAAAUUGUAAUUACUGUAGUUUUUAUACUGUGUCAUUAGAUAAGAGUGGUGAUUGUUAAAAGUGUGAGAUAUUUUCCAUCAACUCUUGAAAGCAGAGGUCCUGCUGUGUUAGAUGUUAAUAUUGGCUGGUGAAAUCAGCCAACUAAAAGGCACAUUUUUAAAAUGUUCCUACACUUAAUAAGCAGCUACAGCAGAGAAGACUUGAACCAGAAGAGCUGAUUGGUCUGGAGGGUUGAUAGAAUGUCUUUAAUGUAUUUUGGUGGUAAAUCAUUCAGUUAUUUAUAAACUAACAGAAGUAUUUUAAAGUCUAUUCUCUGAGAUACUGGGAGCCAGUGGACUUUAGAACUGGGACCAUGGGCUCCACUUUCUUAGUUCUAGUGACGAUGCGGGCAGCAGCGUUCUGGAUCAGCUGCAGCUUGUCUGUUUAGGCAGACCUGAAGACACUGUUGUUGUAAUCUAUUCCACUAAAGAUAAACACAUGGAUGAGUUUCUCAAGAUCCUGAUGAGACGUUAGUCCUUUAAUUCUUAAAACCUUUCCGUUUCCCACAUUGAGCCAAAUAUUUUCAUUUGCUGGACAGAUUUUGAUAAUACAUUCCUAUUUAACACACAAAGUAUUGACAUCACAUUCUGAUGUUGUGCAGCAAAUUUAAUAAUUAUGAACAAGUUUAGAUGUAAUUCAGCUCGAAAGCCAGUUGUUCCACUACUUUGAAGCAGUUUUUCUUCAGCUUGGGAAGAAAUUAAAAAACUACCUUGGGGCAGUUGUUGAAAGUUAAGGCAGCACUGGUGGUGAGAGCAAAACCAGAUCUUAGUGGAUUUAGAAAAAUACAAACAAAAUAAUAUUAACAAGUACAAAUGUUACUGAAUAAUAUAGAAAGAUUAAAGAUUGAAGAAGAAAGCUUCAGCUGUGUGACCUUACAUGUCAAUAUUCAAGUAAAUGACUUUCUAUGUAACAUCAUGAAUGUAUUUUUGAUAAUGUGACUUCUCUACUGUUUGGUUUAAAAUACCCACAAUGCCACAAAGUGUUCACACCCCUUCUGUUUUUCUUUAAACACACAGGCACAUAGGUUAAGUUCAACCAGUCUUUAACAAAAUCAACUAAACAAAUAAACAUAGACCAACAUAAUGUAGCUAGAAAGAUAAAGAGCAGUGCAUAAAUUGGAUUUAAAUACAUACACAUUGACAACAAUAAUAGGAGCUUUUCCCAGGUUUUAUUACAAGAUAAGUGGUUCACACUGAUAAUGUUUUCAUGAGCUACAUUUCAGUUUUAAAUGCUAACUUUUGUAGGCUAAGGUUUUUAACAAGGCUUUGUGUAACUGGUCAUUGGUUAUGACCACUCAUUACUUUUAACUCUUAACCUGAUGUCCAGAGGCUCUAAAACAUUUAAGCUGAAAGCUUGACUUUUUAACAUCAUGUAACUUAUUAAAUUUGAUCAAAUCAAAGUUUGUUUCUUCAUUGUUUGCUGAAAAACCACCAUUUCCAAAGCAGGCUAGAAAAAAAUAAUUGUUUAGCAUCUCAUAAAAACAAGGCUUUAAAUAGGAAUAAAUGAAAGAUGAAGAAAAAAAAAAAAACAAUAAAAAAAGUUUUAUAUAUAAAAAACAAAACUCUAAAUGAGUUCCUUAUAUACAGUUAAUUGUAAUCCUGUGAUGAUGAUUGGAAAUGGUCAAAAUGGACACAAGCCAUAACAAACACAAACAUGUACACUCUUAUAAGAGAUGUGUUAAAACAAAUAACACAGAAUAUGUGUUAUUACAUUUAAAGCACAUUAUGCGUUAAUUUUAACACACGAUGUGUUAAAAUGGCAUCAAAAGUAUAACACACGAUGUGUUGUAUAUUUCAACACAUAUUUGUGUUGGUUUGUGUUCUAGUUGGAGGAAGACUUUCCCGCCUUAUGGUCUAAAUUAACAAAGUAGACAAAGAUGGAGGCUGCAUCUUCUGUAACAGUAACUUCGGUAAGUACGUUUUAUUUGUUUUAACGCAGUGGUAACAAGUUAGUCUUAUUGGAAUUUGCCGAAUCAAUAGUUGAAAAUGUGUUAUGGUAUUUUUUGUUGCUACGACGGGGUAGCAUUUAGUUAUGCUGGGUUUCAGGUCAAAUUUAGCUAGCUCAUUCUCGUUGCAAGGCUUCUAAAAUACCAUUUUAUCGGUAUGGUUUCUAUAGUUGUCUUUUUUUGGCCAAAGUUAAUUGAAGAAGUAAGAAGUUAAAAUUAUUUAAUGUAAAAAGGAGAUGGUUGAAGUUUUAUAUGAAACUUAAAUUUUUUUUUAUAGAUGUCUAUGGCGCCUGGGAACUGACAUGGGGGAAUAUAUAUGUAUAUAGCGAGCGCACGAAAUACUAAUCAGUUUCCUCGAAAUACUAAGUAGGCAUCAAGUGACCUGUGUUACAGGAGAUGUGUAACUCAUAAGUGAUGGAGCUCAGUGUACAGUGGGUGUGUAAAUGUGUAUGUGUGCAUAUUUGCGGUGGCGAUGUGCGCUGUUAUAUUCGGACCACGAAGAAGAGUGCAGAGAGAGAAGAAGAGUGUUGGUGCGGUUGUAUGUUUUGGCAGUAGCCUAUACACGACAGCGACCGGAGAGUAAGUUCAGCUGGCCACGGUACAUUUAACGUGUAAUCAGUGUGCAGUACAGAUAUUAAAAACUCCACUGCUUUUAUUAUUAUAGAAGUCUCACCCCCUAUGACACGCAAGUA